ACCAUGCAUCUUAAACACACAAACCUGGCCAAAGCGGGCAGGGGAGUCGGGCUAAAGAUUGACACAUCAAGGCUCUGACUGCUAUUAAAACAGACAGAAUUUGUUUUUUCCCCCCUCAUACUGCGCUCAAACGCGGGGCCAUGCUUUCUCCAGGCCUCCUCCUUGUCGUCGGUGUGAGCCUACUUCGAGUCCAAGCAAUCCAGGCGUCUGUAAGUGUCUUCAAUAUUUUGCCAAAACAUUGAGAGCAGAACACCCUGAUGCUUUUAUGUUGCUUUUGUCAUUUCAGCUGGACUUCACGGGUAAGAAUAGAUGGCUGUGAGGACGCAGUGAAAUAUACAUUGAUCUGAAAUGCAUGUCAAGUAAAGUUAGGGAUAUGUAGCUUUUGGGUGAAAUUACAGGUUGAGGUUUACAGUUCAGUCUUUGCACGCUCUAAGCAAGUACCUUCAAACAUGUAAUAUACUUAGAAGCAAAUCUAUGAUUUCCCCAUAUAAGGUCUUUAGGUUCAUCUGUAACUGUUACAUUUCAGGUUCAUCCUGAAAUUUCACCCUAAAGACGAAUACCCCUAACUUUUUGUGAGUAGUGUACGAUUUUAAAAGAGAUCUGUUUUUGUCAGAUUCUGAUAAUGGAAAAAAUCUCUCAAGUCUCCUGGACCUUUUUUCUGAAGUGAGCAGAUCGCUGGUUUAUCAUCUAACGUCAUGCGCCAAACGGGAUCCCUGUCAUCCAAAUCCGUGUUUUAACGGGGGCCGCUGCAACGUCCAUUCUGACACCUUUGUGUGUUCAUGUCGUGAGCCUUACAUGGGCAGGAGCUGUAAAGAAGUAAAAGAUAUUUGCCAAGGUGUGAAUUGUUAUAACGGUGACUGCGUAUUCAGCUUGAAGCGGCCUCCAUUUUACGAGUGCAAGUGCACAUUCCCCUUCCGAGGACCCACCUGCCUCUUACGGCCAGUUUCUAUCUGUCAUCCAAAUCCUUGUCAGCACGGAGGUGAAUGUACAGCGAGCAAUGACCGAGUUCAGUGCGACUGUGCCGCCGGAUACACGGGAAAAUACUGCCAAAUAGCCUCCACUGACUGCUACGUGGACAACGGCAAGUCGUACAGCGGUGUGGUCAGUACAACAGAAAGAGGUGAGGAAUGUCUCAACUGGCAUUCCCUCUCCGUUCUGCGUCAUAGCGGACAGAGCCCUUUCGACACGUACCAUCACUCCCACGACUUGGGAUACGACAACUACUGCAGGAAUCCAGAUGAGGAGAGAAAGCCGUGGUGCUUUGUUAAAAGGGGGGAAAAGGUGGAGUGGGACUACUGCGAUGUCAAGUCAUGCCACCCAGAAGUCCUUUACCUUGCUCGACGGUCCGGAAGCAUGUUCUCCGAGUGCGGUAUUCCCCACCCGCUUCCCAUUUCGAGGGUUUACGGGGGCAGCAAGGCGUACCCGGGCUCCCACCCGUGGCAGGCGUCCGUGCAAGUACGAGACAAAGGUUCGCAAGGGAAAUUCCGCCACAAUUGCGGCGGUAGCCUGGUCGGGUCCUGCUGGGUCCUCACGGCUGCCCACUGCAUUCACUCCAAAUAUGAAUACCAGGUGAUGCUGGGAAGUGUUAAAAUAGACCGUGUGGAGGCCUCGGACCAGAUCAUCCCAGUGGUCGACAUCAUUCGCUAUACCAACCUCUUGGAUGUCAAUGUCCGUUAUUCUUCUGACAUUGCUCUGCUCAAACUUCAAGUCACACACAGUCCUCACUGUGCCAUGGAAACACAAUUUGUCAGCACUAUAUGUCUACCCGAUCAGAACUUCCCUGCCGGAAAGGAAUGCCUGAUCUCGGGAUGGGGAGAAACCGAAACGACCUGGAGCAGCAACCACCUGCUGGACGCCCAUGUCUUCCUCAUCUCCAAGCAGGAAUGCAAAAAGCCUCAUGUGUAUGGAAGGUUCCUGGACGACAGCAUGCUGUGUGCAGGCCUCAUGCAAGGGGGAGUGGACACCUGUGCGGGGGACUCUGGCGGCCCUCUGGCGUGCAAGGACAACGGGAAACACCUCCUGACUGGAAUAGUGAGUUGGGGACAGGGCUGUGCACUGCCCAACAAGCCCGGCGUCUACGUCGAUGUCUACAAGUUUGUCGACUGGAUUCGGGACACGAUCACCGGAACCUUGGCGAGGAUAACCGUGAUACAAUAAGCAUCCAACUUUAUUUUACCCCAAUGAAUAAUUAGCAAUAUUAAGCUAUAAACCCUGUGAAGCCUGAACCAUUAAACAAUUGAGAGAACAUUUUAAUUAUUUGUAAAUGGGGCCUUUAUUGGUCCUUCUGAACAACAACAACAACAAGAAAUCUGUUACCUUAUACAAAUAUGAAUACCUUGAUUUACGAGCCAAGUUUUUGUUUUCCUGUAUUGAAAACAUAACCUAAAAAUGGUGGUUGUUGUUUGGCGGCUGGAACAGAUGAAUGGCAUUUCAAAUCAUUUCAAUAAGGAAAAUGACGUGAUAUGUUGUCAGUGUAUGUAAAUUGAGUUACGAGCUUGGUCAGAAAAUUCAACUGUGAAGUCAAGGUACCACUGUAUGACCUUCAAUUUGUUACAUAUAUAAAUUGAUAAACUGCUGACGUCUGACGUGUGUGAUGGUUCAUAAAACAAGCAGUUUUUGCUUUUGCCCAAUCCAUUUUGGUUGUUGAAAGGGACCCUUGUAUUGCGUUGUAUUGUUUGCUAACGCUGUGCAACAACCAAAUAAAAAUGAUUAAUCAUUCAUACAUGUGUUUGAAUGAGUAGUGUAUCAUAUUUUAAAAGUUCUUCAUGUGGUGAAUACAUUACUGGCCCUCAGUGGAUCAUCUGUGCAAGCAUCUGUUUUUUUGUUUGUUUGAAGAAAACGGUUGGGAUGUAAAUGUUGAUCAGGUCCCAGUGGGGCAACAGUUGAAAACAACUGAUUUAGGGGACACGAAAACAGAUCUGCUUGAAGGAGGAAAGAAACAAAAAACAUUUAUUUUGAAAGUAGUGAAUGGAGCCUUUACUCCAAGCCCAGCUUUGAGUUUUCGUGUGACAAAAGCUGAACCAGCCAGACCAAAAGAGUCGAUUCCUCGCUUCGAGGUUACGACAUCGUCAUUCCAAAGAUGAAAAAACAUUGUCGCCCAAACAUAAAGUGUCAAAUAUGUCUGCUUAUAUGGCAAAAUAAAGGGUUUAAAUGGCCACCUCCAGCUGUGCGUACAUUCCUAUUUCCUAUUUGCAAACGUAACAGUCGUUCAUGCAUUACCGGUAUUAAAAUCAUAUUUCAUGUCACGUGCGUUUCGGUCAAUGCCACAAUACUUUUUGCUUACAACCCAGCGGCGGUUUUACAUGCGGGGCAAGCGCUUGAGUGCCCCACCGGAUCCAGCAUUCAAUACAUAUUUUAUAAAUAAUACCGAGUAGCGGUUCAUCACAACAUCCUUUAGUGUUACAGUAACACUCCAUUACGAAUUAGUCACGCUUAGCCAAGGCUAAUGUCGGCCUGUUUACAGUGCUAAUGCUAGCUUAGCGUUGUUAGCGUCGCUAUUUUGGCGAAGCUGGAUAUGCAUUCUCUCUGACUAUUUUUACGCUACAUUAAUAUCUUGCCAACGGUUUCAUUUUAAAUUAAAGCACAUCGACUAAAUGCUCAAAUGGCUUUCCGUAGUUGUAGACUAAGUGGAUAGUGCCCCAUCUAUUAUUAUCUUUUUUAAAUAUAAAAACGCCACUGUGUCCAAAACUUUUUUUUUCUUUCUUAUUUUGCAAAACAUAACGAAUCCCGUCUUCAUUCAACAUCCAUCUUGCGUCAGUUCAGUUCAGUGUGGCCGUUCGUACUCUCCAAAUCUUCUAAGCAUCUUUUAUGGCUUUGGCCUGACCGGACGUCUUGAGUGCGCUGUGCCGGGCAGCUGACGAGGUGCCGCUGGAUUUCUUCUCCAUGGAUUUGAAGGCGGCAGUGCUGCUACUGGUGGUGGUGGUGGUGGUGGUCUUUUUCUGCACGGUCUGGUAGGUCUUGGUCCUGUUGACAUGAAGCACCUCCGUGGCGUCCAUGUUGACGCCUUUCCGAACGUCCUCGCUGGUCUCCACAUGCUCGGACGUAGGCUGUUGUUGUUGUUGUUGUUGUUGUUGUUGUUGUUGUUGCUGCUCCUCCAUCCGCUGCUGGUAGUGAAGCUGCAAAGGUUUUUUGGGGGGAAAGUUUAUUUUUAACCCUUUGAGCUCUAUGCUGGCCAUUUGUGUCCAUCUCGAUUGCGAUUUAUGAACUGUUUUAGCUGGGUUAAUGCAAAUGUGGUGUAACUUCCCAAG